AUGAUCUCUCUCUCUCUCUCUCUCUCUCUCUCUCUCUCUCUCUUUCUCUCCCUCUCUCUCUUUCUCUCACUUUCUCUCUCUUUCUCUCUCUCUUUCUCUUUCUCCCUCUUUCUCUCUCUCUCUUUCUCUUUCUCCCUCUUUCUCUCUCUCUUUCUCUCUCUUUUUCUCUCUCUCUUUCUCUUUCUCCCUCUCUUUUCUCUCUUUCUUUCUCUCUUUCUUUCUCUCUCCAUCUCUCUCUUUCUCUCUUCCUAUGUUUAUUUCUUUCUCACUUUCUCUUUUUCUCUCUCUUUCUCUCCUCCUCUCUCUCUUUCUCUCUUCCUCUCUCUCUUUCUCUCUUCCUCUCUCUUUCUCUCUCUCUUUCUCUCUUCCUCUCUCUCUCUUUCUCUCUUUCUCUUUCUCUUUCUCAUUCUCUCUCUUUCUCUCUCUCUUUCUCACUUCCUCUCUCUUUCUCUCUCUCUUUCUCUCUAUAUCUUUCUCUUUCUCUUUUCCUCUCUCUCUUUCUCUCUUCCUCUCUCUUUCUUUUUUCUUUCUCUCUCUAUUUCGCUAUUUCUCUCUUUUUUCUCUUUCUCUUUCCUUCUCUUUCUCUCUCUUUUUCUCUUUCUCUCUCUUUCUUUCUUCCUCUCUCUCUCUCUCUCUCUCUCUCUUUCUUUCUCUCUCUCUUUCUUUCUCUCUCUUUUUCUCUCUCUUUCUCUCGCAUUCUCUCUCUUUCUCUCUCUCUUUCUCUCUCUCUCUCUCUCUCUCACUUUGUUUUCAUCUUCUGUUCUUUUAUUUCUUGUUCCUUUUUCUAUUUGUUUAUUCCUUUCUGUCUUUGUUCUGUUUUCUUUCUUUAUUCCUUUCUUUAAAUUUUUUCUUUCUUUCUUUUUCUUUUUCCUUUGUUUCUUUCUUUUUUCUUUUUUUAUUCCUUUCUUUGUUCCGUUAUUUCUUUAUUCCUUUCUUUCUUUAUUGCUUUUUCUUUCUUUCUUCAUUCCUUUCUUUAUUCUUUUUUCUUUCUUUCUUUAUUCCUUUCUUUCUUUCUCUCUUUCUUUAUUCCUUUCCUUAUUCCUUUCUUUCUUUAUUCCUUUCUUUCUUUCUUUUUUUUUUUUUUAUUCCUUUUUUUCUUUUCUUCAUCUACCAUUUAUAUUUUUUUUCUUUAUUUUUUUCUUUGUUUCGUUAUUCCUUUUUUCAUGUUUUUAUUCCUUUUUUCUUUCUAUUUCUUUUUUACUUCCUUCCUUCCUUCCUUUUUUCUUCCUUUCUUUCUUCUUUUCUUUAUUUCAUUUAUUUCUUCAGGAUUCCUUUUCUAUCAUUCUUUCUUUUUUCUUUAUUCCAGUAUUUGUUUAUUCCUUUCUUCUUUGUUUGUUUUCUUUCUUUAUUCCUUUCUUUCUUUAUUCCUUUUUCUUUCUUUCUUUCUUUAUUCCUUUGUUUCUUUCUUUUUUCUUUUUUUAUUCCUUUCUUUGUUCCGUUAUUUCUUUAUUCCUUUCUUUCUUUCUUUCCUUUUUUUAUUUUUUUUCUUUCUUUUCCUUUUUUUCCUUUUUUUUCUUUCUCUUUCUUUAUUCCUUUCUUUCUUUCCUUUUCUUUUUUUUUUCUUUAUUCCUUUCUUUCUUUCUUUAUUCCUUUAUUUCUUUCUUUUUUUUCUUUAUUCCUUUAUUUCUUUUCUUCAUCUACCAUUUAUAUUUUUUUCUGUUAUACUUUUCUUCUUUCUUUCGCCAUCGAUCCUUUUUGCAUGUUUUUCUCUUUCUCUUUUUCUUUCUAUUUCUUCUGUUACAAGCCCUCCUUUCUUCCCUUUUGCUUCCUUUCUAUCUUCUUUUCUUUAUUCACUCAUUUACCUUCCUCUCUCAGGAUACCUUCCUUCUAUCAUUCUUUCUUUCUUUCUUUCUUUUGUUCAUGCCGUCCAUUCAUUUCUUUUUUUUUCUUUUCUCUUUCUUUUAUCGUUUACCAUUCUUUAUUUAUUUUAUUUCUUUCUAUUCUUCCAUAUCUUAUUCUAUUAUUUUUUCCGUCUUUCUUUCUUUCUUUUUUCUAUUUCCUUUGCGAGUAAUUUCUAUCUUUCUUUUCUUCUUCAUUCCUUCUUUCCUUCAUUCAUUUACUCUUUCUAUCUUUCUUUCUUUUUUGCUGUCAUUCAUUUAUUCUUCUAUUUGUUUCUUCUUCAAUUUAACCCUCUCUCUUUCAUUCUUUCUGUGUUUCUUUCUUUCUUUUUCUUCUGUCAUUUCUUUCUGUCUUUUUUCCCUUCUUUCUUUCUUUCUUUUUCUCUUUCUUUUGAGAUUUUCUUUCUUUUUAUUCUUGCCUUUCUUUCUCUUGUCGUUUACCCCUCUUUCUUUCUUUCUUUCUUUCUUUCUUUCUUUCUUUCUUAUUCUACGAUUCUUUCUUUUCUUUAAUUCAUUUUCUCCAAAUAUUUUUCUUUUUUUCCCUAAAAAUUUAUUUCAAUUCUACUAUUUUCAUUCAUUUCUCUUCACAUUUCUUCUUCUCCUUCCUGUCCAAAUCAUUCUUCCCGUUGUCCUUCAUUUUCUCUUUCACUCGCCUGGAUCUGUAUUUUAUUCCAAUUUUAUUUCCAUUAAAUCGUCCUUCCUUUCUCAAACCUUCUUCUUGUUUUUCUUCUGUUCCAUAUUCUAUAAGAAACCACUUUUUUGGCACGCUAAUGCCUGCCUUCCUGCCUUCAUUUCAUCGUUCUUUCAAUCCUUCCUUCCUUCCUUCCUUCCUUCCUUCCUGUCUGCCUGUAUUCCUUCCUUACUGCCCGCCUUCCUUCUUUACAAUCCUUCCUUUCUUCCUGCCCGCCUUCUUCCCUUCCUUCCUGCCUUCCUUCCUUCCUUCCUUCCUUCCUUCCUUCCUUCCUUCUCUCCUUCCUUCCUUCCUGCCUUCCAUCAAUCUUUCCUUUCUUCCUUCCUUCCUUCCUGCCUGCCUGCAACACUCCUUCCGUCCUACCUCCGUUCCUUCAUUCUUUACUCCCUUCCUUCUUUCUUUCCUUCCUUCCUUCUCUCCUUCCUUCCUUCCUCCCUUCCUUCCUCCCAGCUGUCCUUCCUUUUUUCCUUCCUUCCUGCCUUCCUGUCUGCCUGUAUUCCUUCCUUACUGCCCGCCUUCCUUCUUUACAAUCCUUCCUUUCUUCCUGCCCGCCUUCUUCCCUUCCUUCCUGCCUUCAUGACUUCGAUCGUUCCUGUCUGCCUGACUGCCCCAUUCCUUCCUUCCUUCCUUCCUCCUCCCUUUCUUCUCUCCUUCUUCUUUCCUUUCUUCCUUCCUUCAUGCCUGACUGACAGCACUCCUUCCUUCUUUCUUUACUCCCUUCCUUCUUGCUUUCCUUUCGUCCUUCCUGUCUGCCUGCCUUCCUUCAUUCUUUCCUUCCUUCAUUCCUUCCUUCCUUCAUUCCUUCCUUCCUCCCUUCCUUCCUUCCUGCCUGCCUGCAGCACUCCUUCCUUCCUACCUACCUCCCUUCCUUCUUUCUUUCCUCCUUUCCUUCUUUCUUUCCUUCCUUCCUUCCUGCCUGCCUUCCUUCAUUCUUUCCUUCCUUCCUUCCUUCAUUCUUUCUUUCUUUCCUUCCUUCCUUCCUUCCUUCCUUCCUUUCUUUCUUCUUUCUUUCCUUCCUUCCUUCCUUCCUGCCUGCCUUCCUUCAUUCUUUCCUUCCUUCCUUCCUUCAUUCUUUCUUUCCUUCCUUCCUUCCUGCCUGCCUUCCUUCAUUCUUUCCUUUCUUCCUUCCUUCCUUCCUUCAUUCUUUCUUUCCUUCCUUCCUUCCUGCCUGCCUGCCUGCAGCACUCCUCCCUUCCUACCUCCCUUCCUUCUCUCUUUCCUUCCUUCCUUCCUUCCUGCCUUCCUUCAUUCUUUCCUUUCUUUCUUCCUUCCUUCCUGCCUGACAGCACUCCUUCCUUCCUUCCUCCCUUCCUCCCUUCCUUCCUUCCUUCCUUCCUGCCUGCCUGCCUGCAGCACUCCUGCCUUCCUACCUCCCUUCCUUCUUUCUUUCCUCCCUUCCUUCUUUCCUUCCUUCCUGCCUGCCUGCCUUCCUUCAUUCUUUCCCUUCCUUCCUUCCUUCCUUCCUUCCUUCCUUCCUUCCUUUCUUUCCUUCCUUCCUUCCUUCCUUCCUUCCUUCCUGCCUGCCUGCCUGCAGCACUCCUGCCUUCCUACCUCCCUUCCUUCUUUCUUUCCUUUCCCUUUCCUUCCUUCUUUCCUUCCUUCCUUUCCUUCCUUCCUUCCUUCCUUCCUUCCUGCCUCCCUUCCUUCUUUCCUUCCUUCCUUAUUGUCUUCAUUCCUUCCUUCCUGCUUGCCAACAUUGCUCUUCUUUACUCCAUUCCUUCCUACCUUCCUUCCUUUUCUUUCUUCCUUCAUUCCUGUCUGCCUACAUUACUUCCUUGCUGUCUGCCUUUCUUCUUUAUAUUUUUUUCUUCCUGUCAACCUUUCUUCCCUCCUUCCUGUCUGACUGCCCUCCUUCCUUCCUCCCUUCCUUCGUUUCUUGCUGUCUGCCUACCUUGCUUCCUUUCUUCCAUCCUUCCUGCUUGUCAAACUUCAUUUCUUCUUUCCUCUAUUUCUUCCUGCCUUACUUCCUUCCUUCCUGCCUUCAUUCCUUUCUUCCUUCCUACUUGCCAACCUUCCUUCCUUCCUGCUUGCCAACCUUCCUUUCUUCCUUCUUUCCUCCCUUCCUUCCUUCCUGCUUGCCAACCUUCCUUCCUUUCUUUCUUACUUCCUUCCUUCCUAUUUCAAAAUUCCUCUUUCCGUAUUCCUCUUCUUUCUUUCUCUUUCCUUCUCCUUAAUUCUUUUCUAAGACAAUACUUUUUUUUUCGUAUCCUCUUAUUUUCCGUGUCUUCUUUAUCAAAGAAUUCCUUCGUUUCUUUUUCUUUUUCUUUCUUCUUCUUCUUCUUCUUCUUCUUCUUCUUCUUCUUCUUCAAUCAAUCUUACGACCACAAGGUCAUGUGGUCGUAA